AUGAUAUUCUUCUCAGCAUCAAUAAGAAUUUCAUCGCCAUCUUCCACUAAAGCAAUUGGACCACCUUCAGCGGCUUCUGGUACAAUAUGGCCAAUGAGGAAACCGUGGGAGCCACCGCUGAAUCUACCAUCAGUAAGGAGAGCGACAUCUUUACCUAAACCAUACCCCAUUAGAGCACUAGAAGGUUUGAGCAUUUCAGGCAUACCUGGACCACCCUUCGGGCCCUCAUAUCUGAUGACUACAACAGUCUUAACUCCCUUUUUAAUUUCACCAUUCUCAAGUGCGGCAAUAAAAUCAUCUUCCUCGUCAAACACACGAGCUGUACCCUGGAAGAAGGUUCCUUCUUUACCGGUAAUCUUACCAACGGAUCCACCAGGCGCAAGCGAACCACGAAGAAUCUGUAAAUGUCCACUAGGUUUGAGGGGCUUUGACAGAGAAGCAAAAAUUGUUUGCUCCUUUGGUAAAGGUUUGGUAUCUGCCAGAGUCUCAUUCAUCGUCUUACCUGUCACAGACAAGGUAGACCCAUCAAGGAUACCUUGUUCAAGUAAAGUCUUCAUGACAGAAGGAGUACCUCCAUAUUGA